AAGUGACGCCAUAGCUGCGACGCCAGCGCUUACUCUGCUUGCUGCUGCAGAUUUUCGGUGGUUCCGUAGACUGUGGGCUUCCCCUGGAUGAUUGCAGCAGAGGAAUCAUGACGGGGAAGAAGUCUUCCCGGGAAAAGCGGCGCAAACGAAGCGGUCAGGAGGCUGCGGCGGCGCUUGCGGCGCCAGAACUUGUCCCCGCCGUCGCCGGCAGCGGCAGUGGAAGCACCAGCGGCUGCGGUAGCGCAAGCGGCUGCGGGAGCGUCACCUGCUGUGGGAACACCAGCUUCAGUGGAAGUGUCACCGGCACUGGGAGCGGUGGUAGCUGCUGGGGUGGCAGCGGCGUGGAGCGCAGCGAGCGUCGGAAGCGGAGGAGCACUGACUCAUCUUCCAGUGUUUCGGGCUCCCUGCAGCAGGAAGCCAAAUAUCUUUUGCCAACUCUUGAUAAAGAGUUAUUCCUGGCAGAGCACAGUGACCUUGAAGAAGGUGGAUUGGACCUGACUGUGGCAUUAAAACCAGUUAGUUUCUAUAUCUCAGACAAAAAGGAAAUGCUUCAGCAGUGUUUCUGUAUCAUAGGAGAGAAGAAGUUACAGAAGAUGCUUCCUGAUGUGUUAAAGAACUGUUCAAUAGAAGAAAUUAAAAAACUCUGCCAGGAACAGUUAGAGCUCCUGUCUGAAAAAAAAAUCUUGAAGAUUCUUGAGGGUGACAAUGCUGUGGACUCUGAUAUGGAAGAAGAGGCAGACGAUGGUUCUAAGAUGGGAUCUGAGUUAGUUAGUCAACAAGACAUCUGUACAGAUUCUACUUCAUCCCUGAAAGAGAACAAGCAACCUGAAGGUUUGGAAUUAAAACAAGUAUCAUUCUGGCUGUCUCUAACUGAUGAAGAUGUCUUAGGGAGUUCCCGUUGUGGCGCAGCAGAAAUGAAUCCAACUAGGAUCCAUAAGGUUUCAGGCAAAGGGGAAGAUAGUGAUGUACUCAGUAUAAAUGCAGAUGCUUACGACAGCGACAUAGAAGGUCCAUGCAAUGAAGAAGCAGCUGCUCCUGAGGUCCCAGAAAAUACAGUCCAAAGUGAAGCUGGUCAGAUAGAUGACCUGGAGAAAGACAUUGAGAAAAGUGUGAAUGAAAUUCUGGGACUGGCAGAAUCUAGCCCAAAAGAACCCAAAGCAGCCACCCUGACUGUUCCUCCACCUGAAGAUGUUCAGCCUUCUGCACAGCAGCUGGAGCUGCUAGAACUUGAGAUGAGGGCAAGAGCUAUUAAAGCCCUCAUGAAAGCUGGUGAUAUAAAAAAGCCAGCCUAGUUAUUUAAAUUGAGUGAAUAUUAGAUGUGUUUGAACAAAGCCAUGUCAUAUAAUUUUGUAUCUAAAGUUUAUUUUGGGGUCUUACAUGAUACUUCUCUGUAACUCUUAUUAGAUAAAUUUGCCUUAUGUCUAAAAUACAUGUUUUUGUUGUUGUGUUGUUACUUUUGUAUUACAUAAUGUUGCUGUUUUCAGAAUUCAUGGCAAAUAUCAUUGGGUAACCUGGAUACUUUGUUAGAUGAAUAUUCAGCUAUAUCUGCAAAUUAAUAUCUGAAAAGCCAUUAGGAAGGAGUCAUGGUGAUAUAUUUUUUUUCUUUUUCUUUAUUUUGAAAUGUUUUGGCAUCACACCUAAACAUUUAAGAAAGAUUGACCAAGCAUGUUCUCCUUAGGCUACCUAUAUUUAAUGAUAGAAUAUUAAAUUACAGUUCCUAGGUUUGUUAACAGUUAAAUUUAGUUAUGCUUUUAUGCACUUUUAAAAUAUAUAAAGUUCAAAAAAACUGAGGAACAUUUUUAGUUUUAAGGCUUAGAGAUUCAAAAUGAAUGAGAAAAGCUUUUUUUUUAAUAAAAGGAAAAAGGACCUAAUAUAAGGCAGUUUUUAACAAUGUAGAAGUAAUUGCCCAAAUUUAAUUCCAGCAGACAAGCCAUUCGAACAGGUAUUUGCUAUUAUUGGACAUUAGGUCGUUUUUUUUUUUCCUUCAAUAAAAAGGGAACAUGUAUUCAUUUACAUUCCAAGCUAUUAGGAAAAGGAGACUAUUUUAUCGUACUGGCUUUCAUCUGAUGUUUUUGCUUGAAGAUCUGAUGUGCUAUAAUUCCAUGAAUUAAAAAUAAUAAAGAUUAUCAUUCUGGAGCUAAAGACUUUUGAUAUAUUUCCAAAACCAAAAGUAAUUUCAGGAAGCAUUGAUAAGUUGAUGUUAUAAUUAAUCUAAUUUUGUAUAGUUUUUGUAAAUAAAUUAACAUCCUGCCAUAAUUAUGGAUGCUUUUUGCCCCACCACUAAUUGUAGUUGUUUGAUACCAAAAUGAAUUUAGGUUGAGACUCUUAAAAUAAAUUAAUUUUUUUUCUAAAA